UCUGCUCGAUCGUCUUCUCUCCUUCUUUUCUCUGAGCGAAGGGAGGGGAGGGGAGGGGAGGAAGAAACAAAUUCGCCAUUAGAGCUCCUUGUUGAAGUUUCAGAGACAGAAAGAGGAACAGAGAUGUUGCAGGAAGUGAUUCGUCCGCCGGAGCCGCAUUCACCUGAUGAUCUCUCGGUGGUAUCUACCGUGCUUUUCGACUUCGGCGUGGACGACGUCCUCUUCGCCGAGGCGCUGAGGAACCCACCGGAAGUCUCCACUUCCAGCUGCUCCGACGAUACCUGCUUCUCCUCCUCCUCCCAGUCCGCACCCCGCCACCAGAAUCCCUGCGUGGCUGACCUCACACCGCCGCUCCCACGCCAGCAACAGGAUUUCCCGCUGGCCUUCGUACCGGCUCUCCCCUUGAACGACCAGUUCGACCUCUCCCCUCUCCAGCCUUUCUCCAACUCCUCCCCUUACGGGGAUAACGCCGCCGGACCCGCUCUGAGCUAUGCCCUCCCGGCUCCACUCGGGUUCGAGUCAUCCCCACCGAUGCCCUGCGUCUUCGGACCGCCGUUCGAAGCGGAGGAGGAAUGCCUCUCCCCGUUCGCAAAUUUCGUCCAGGCAGUGGCGCUCGCGCCGGUGCUCCACGGGGGGAUGAGCCCGUCCAUUCCGGUGGACCAGGGGAGGCCCUUCUCGGCGGGGUCGGUGCACUUGAUCCCCGUUGAGCCCGCGCCGACUCUGGAGCUGCAUCCAGUGAGGGACGGAGGAGUCUUUGCCGCCGGAGCCCUACGCCGCGUCUACAGCGCCGGAGAUAUACAGGGACUUCAUCAUGAUCAGAAACAGCAGCUGGUUGGUGGCGCAUGUGGCAGCACUCCGAGGUCCGACUCCGCUGCACCGCUAGAGGACUCCGCCUUCAAGGUUGGUCGCUACUCCGUCGAGGAGCGCAAACAGAGGAUACACAGAUAUUUGAAGAAAAGGAACGAAAGGAACUUCAAUAAGAAGAUCAAGUACGCCUGCCGGAAAACGCUGGCGGACAGCAGGCCACGAGUCAGGGGAAGGUUUGCCAAGAACGAUGACUUCAAUGACCCAACUGUGCCAAACUCUAGGCGACACUAUGAUGACGAUGAGGAAGAAGUGGAUAACAUUGCAGAAGGUAAGGAGCAGGAUCUGGUCGACUCCUCCGACAUCUUUGCCCACAUUAGUGGUGUGAAUGCUUUUAACACCAAUUUUCCCAUUCAGUCUUGGACAUAGAUUUUGCUCCUCAUUUGAACCUCAGUUUGUACAUCUCGACACACUUGCAAGAACCUGCAAGCGUGCCCCUCUUUUCCUUGUUUUUUUUUUUCCUCUCAAGAUACUAAUCCCAAUAAAUAUUUCGAUGCCUGUAUAUUUAUUAAGGAUGCUAAU